AUGGCGAUCCUCAAGAGCUGUUCCCUCGACAGCGACGCGAGUGCCAGGGGCUAUGCUCCGGAAGAGAUCGACCUGGGCGACGACGUGCUCGCGGAGAUCAUCCUGCGCCUGCCUCUCGACUCCGUCGCGCGCUCCAGGUGCGUCUCCAAGAACUGGUGCGCCGCCAUCGCCGACGGCUACCUCCGCCGCCGGCUCCCCCUGCACAUGUCCAUGAUCUGCUUCCCCGACGACGACGGCGCCCUUGGCGGCGGUGGCGGCAGGCCCGUGUACGCGUGCGCAAGGGAGGGCCGCCGGCUCGAGGUCCGGGACCUCGGCUUCUUCCCGCUGCACGACAGCGUCAUCUUCUGCGACGGGUGCAACGGCCUGCUCCUCUGCCGCCUCCCCGGCGCGCCGGAGUUUUACAUCGUGAGCCCGGUGACCAGGAGCUGGGCGGCGCUCCCGAGGCCAGCCAAGGACGCGCGGCUCUCCGUGCUGGCGUUCGACCCGCUCGGCGGGCAGCACUACCACGUGAUAAACUUCACCGGGUGGCGCGACCGCGGCGCGGCGGUGGAGGUGUUCUCGUUGGAGACGCGGGCGUGGGCCGCGCACGACGUGGAGUUCGGCGGCGUCCCCGCGGGCUCCCUCUCCGGCUCGGUGCACUGCCACGGCGGCGCUAUGUACUUCCUCGCCUCCGACCCGGACUGCGUCGUCCGCAUGGACCUCGCCGCCGGGGCCGGGCUCGCGUGCACGGUCAUCGACCUCCCCGAGCCGGUGGACGGCGACGGCCACGUCGCGCAUUCCGGCGGAAGGCUGCACUACUUCUGCAGCGACGGAGGGCUACUCAAAGUCUGGUCGCUCCAGGACGACCGCCCGCGCCAGCGGUGGCGGCUGAAGCAUGCCGUGAGAGUCAGCGACGUCGUGGAGGGCGGCGGCGGCGAGGUGAGGUUCCUGGCGAUGCACCCGGAGAAUCAGGCGCUAGUCUACAUAUGGUUGCCGUGGAAGGUUGUCGAGUACGACCUGGGCAAGCGAGAGAUCACCGGCGCGGCGUGGGAGUUCGGCAAGGGCCCGAGGAAUCGUGUCGUGAAGACGUGGCUCAUCCCGUCCUCGUGCUACCUUUCGUAUUGCUUUGCGGACGAUGGUCCGGUACUGGCGCGCUGA